UGCCCUCUACCGAGUCCCGAAGCAAUGGACGGCGAGGCUUUAGAUGCAGACAGAGACACUCUUGGGUCGUCCUCCUCGACACCUGCAUUCCCAUGCGGGGCACAUCUGUCUAUGAACUCGUCUAAUCUUGUGCCCAGGGGUUCAGCCAGCCAGUCGGCGUGA